AUGUCGCACUUGCCCCAAUUUGAGCACACACUGGUCAGGGAUACCGUCAAAGUUUUGGAUGAACAAGCCCUUGGGGUUUCUCUGGCUCUUAAAAAGUCCGGGAUCAGAGUCCGACCAGCUCUUUCCAUUCCCGAACUGCAGACAACUGUAUACCAUGAUGAAGCCAUCAAUGUCCGGGCCGCGCAGAUCCUGUUUGACGCUGGAUUUUGGGACGUUGAUGGGCGCGACUUCCUUGGCUAUACACCUCUCAUGGGAAAUGAUGGGUGGCCUACGGGAAAUGACCCGCUCGCAUACGCUCGAUGGCUUUGUGACCAUGGCGCCAACUUGCUUUCCCACUUUCCUGCAUGCACUGACAGCAACUGCAAAAACCAAGAUGACCAUCAGAGGCCAACAGAGCUCAGAGCAAUCCACUCAACCGCAUUCAGCCUUAGGCGCACAAUCUUUUCCGAGCUUUGGGAUGUGCUGGAAAUUUCAAAGGCUACUCACGCGACAGAUCCUAUUGACAUUCUUUCGACCAUCGCAUCCUCUGAAAUUUCGGACGGCUGCUCUUGUGCUUGUUCUACCUCAGGGUGUAUCCCGGUUCUGAAUCUUCUGGACAACCCCGAUCUGAUCAAUAAGACGAGAGGAUAUCAGCUCUUGCGGUACCUAAGCCGGCAUCUUCCAUACACCUUCCCUGGAAUAUUCUUGAACGUACUCAGGCUCCGCACUUUUGAAGUUCUCGGCCUGACACACACAUGUUGCCGCCACGGCUGCCGUCGUGACCAGGAUGGAUCUCUGAAUCCCUGGCGCAAACCCUGCCCACUCUCGGUACCUGCCGACGAUGAGAUACAUGAGAUUCAGGACGAAGAGAGGUACCUCAUAUCUCUUCUCGACUUACUUAUGGCUGAGUUCACUGAACAAUGGCUAUCGCCAGCCUCAGAAUGGACAGUUUAUCAGUUCAUUUCCAAGGUCUGGCGGCCUACAUUGAGACGGAUUCAGAGAGAAAGAGCACAGAUGUCGGUGGAGGAGCAAGCUCAUCUACGGCUCCUGGGUGUUAAGGUGCACUUCGCCGAUGAGGACUCUUGGAUUGAUAGUGAAGGGGAUAGUGAAGGGGAUAGUGAAGGGGAUAGUGAAGGGGAUAGUGAAGGGGAUAGUGAAGGGGAUAGUGAAGGGGAUGAUGAGGACGAUUCUGAUGGCGAACUCAAAGAAACACAACUUCGAGAGAUCAGAGCUUUCUUCACCGAUGUCGAAGUCGCGGAGAUCCUCAAGAAAGCUGCAAGUGAGAACGGCCUCGAAGACUACGACAUCUGGUUCAGGAUCAUCGGAAAGCCCGAUCCGCGACAACAUUGA